AUGAUUUACGCAAAUACUUGGAGAAAAAAACUGGCCCAUGAUCAUCCCAGUGAAAGUAAUAAGCAGAUCAGCGUCAGGUUGGGGAAGCUCUGGAAAGACAUGGCAGCCGAUGAAAAAGAACUGUACUUCGCAUUAGCAAGGCGUGUCGACGCAGAACACAAGAAAAAGUAUCCCGAACCCUCUGGAGGCAUUGAAGGAGAGGACUGUGAAGAGGGAGAACAAAAGGGCGGGGGCGGUAUCGAUGAGGAGGCGGCAGGCGCGGAUCCUCCUAAAUCUUCCCUCCUUCCCUUUGACAAAGGACUGGAACAAUAG